AUGAUUCGCUUGAGCGAAGUUGUGCGCCGCGUGUUGCUUCACGCUUCAGGUGGACGUUCGUGUAGAUCAUUCAGAAAUGGAUGUGGUGUCGAGAACGACCACGAAAACGGCAACGCGGACCUUUUAUCGUUGCGCUCCACCCUGCCCAAUCAAAAUGACUUUUUCUUUUCACGUUCUUCAGCCUCAAACUGUUGUCGCCUUUGCGGGGAGGUGUCUCAAACAAUUCUUUCACACACUGGUUCACAGGCACAUGUUACGGUAGAGGCACUCAUGUGGCUGUUGUUUCAGAGAGCGAGACAAUAUAAGGAUGGAGCUGUUGGUGUUUCUCCAACUGCAGCACGAAAUUUUUUUGUUGAGGAGGCCAGAAGGUGGGAGGGAAUACUGCAGUGUUCCUUAGUUAACCAGCGCUCGUCAUCACUUCAUGCCAUUACUGAGGAUGGGUCACCUUGUCUUGAAGAAUCUGCCGUGUAUCAUGGGGAUCCCGCAACACUUUGGAAAGAGGUUGCUGAAAAAAGUGCGUUACGGCUGCAGAGUCAAAUCCGCGUCUUGGGUAAACUUGGUGUGCUGAACGUUGUAGAUUCCCUCUUUACAACGGCAAGCUCUGGUGGCUUGCAGCGUGACGCUGCUUUUCAGCGGAUGGAGUGCAUUGGUGAUCACAAUUGGGGGCAUUCUGUUUGUCGUCGUAUCGUGCUUCUUUUUCCAGAGGUUAACUGGCGGGCAAAUUCAAAUGUUUUGGUGAUGGAUGCAUUACGGACGGUUCUUGAGUGUAAUCAGCACCUGGUUCAUGUUUUCACCUUGCUGCAGCUUAGCGACAAGCUAGGAGGCAGAGAUGUGAAGGAAAAAUCAGUGAAAUUUAAAGCUGAUAUUGUUGAGGCGAUUAUUGGUGAAUUGCACGUGGCAUUAUGGUCUUUGCAGUCUAGCACUAACGACGGUUUCACAUCUAUACCCUCAAUUCACGGGGCUCCUUAUACCAUUCCUUUAGUUUCUAUGGUGGAAGAGUGUUUAGAUGGCAUCGUGGGUCUUGUUAUUCUUGCAUUGAUGGCGCGGUAUGCCGCGUCCCUCGUGCCUGCCGUUGUGGAUCUUGUCCGACGUGAGAAGUAUCUGCUGGAUGUGUCGUGCCCCUUUUAUACGUUACGUAAGCGGCGGGAACGGUUCCGACAGGACGAACACGCCAUGCGAUGGUUAUUGCCCCCGCACCCACCACUGCAGCAGCAGAGGCAGGAGUUGUUGAAGGGACCGCGGAGUUCUGUUGACACGUGCGUGAACGAGUGGAACCUUUCGAAUACCAAUCCUGUUGGUGAUGUACUAGCCAAUGCCUCAGGUGGAGAAAAUAUGGCUCUAACAAAUGCAAUGGAGAAGCGGACCCCGACUGGGGUGGUUUGUUGGACGAAAAAGAUUUUUUUCUCUGAAAUGGCAGAUUUCUAUGGUUUGCUUCGCCUUCCGGGUGGGCAGCCGCCCUGA